CUUUAACACUUUGAGUCUCAGCACUCUGCUUAUGCUGCCUGUGCUGUGUUUGGACAAACAUUUGGCCGCAGACUUUUUCUCUCACCGCUUUUCGAGAAUUUGCCCUCUCCUGUUGUGAGGAAUCCAUCAUUCGGCCUCUUCCUUCUGCACCAUGGAGUACUGUACGCCCCAGCCCACCCGGCGCCACAACCCCGUGGACAGCAUCUGUAAGAAACUGCAGACAAUCCAGUGGCGCCGUGAACGGGAGCCCAACUCGCCUUUUCAGAUCCCCAAAUUCUCCUCCAGCAGCUAUGAUAGUCCCCAGUGUGGCCUGAGAAGCAACCUAGAGGCUCUGCUCAAGAAGGGGGCGCUCUACAGGGAACUCAUAGACCGGGAGAAGGACAAAGCUAUGGGAAUGCCCAGCUCUGCAGCCUCCAAUAGAACCAGCAUGGGCCCACCUACUCCUGUGGCUACUCCUGCAACUCCCAAUUACAAACCUACUACAUCCAAUGUGACCUACACUAUAACUAGUACGCUUGGGGAGAGGAAAGGAGCAGAUGGAAACGAUUUGAAGCAUGUUAAAAUGUGGCAGAGGUAUUGUUCCACGCCCACAAACAACACAAAUGACUCCCCAUACUUCACGUUUACGCGAGGGCAGCAGUCUGUGCAGCCUGACAGUGAGAGAGCCAAAAGGAGUCCGCCCACGAUGCACACUUUCACGCCGUUUCACACAACAGCGUCAUAUAACCUGAACUUUAGCUCGGCCGAUGCAACGAAUACCACGGAGUGUGAGGUGCCCUACCCAGCACUGGUGGUCAAGAGGCUGUCUAUGGGAGAUACAGGAAUGUCCACAGCAGAUGGGAAAAAGGGGAAUAUGGCAGAAAUCAGCCUCAUUUGUGAAGAGAACCUGCUCGACACCAUCUUCCACGCCUGCGACACACAGCGAAGAGGUAAAGUGUACGUGUCCCAUAUCGUGGAUUACCUGCGUCACACGACCAGCCGCUCCUCAGAGGACAGUGGUCUGGAGGAGCUGUGUAACAUGUUGGACCCUGAGCACAAAGACGUCUCCAUUGACCUGGACACUUACCAUGCCGUCAUGAGGGAGUGGAUCGACGACUGCCGCAACAAUGGGGAGGAGACUGCAGAGGAGGUCACACAAGACUCUGUGAAAAUGAGAGACAGCAUAUCAGCGAGAAGAUCUAUGCUGCUAAAUAUGACCUCUGGAAGCUUGGAGGCUUUUGGUGGAGAGGUUUCCAGGGUUGAAUUUGAGACAUCAGAGCUUAUGUACUGCGUUACCGAUCUCCAGCUGAAUAACCAAAAACUGCAAGAUGAGGUGAAAAAGCUGAAGCAGGUAGUGGAGAGCAUGGAGGACACCAACCAAAAAUUAGUUGAAGAAAGUGAAGGACUGAGGAACCAGGCCAAGACAAAUCAGCAGUUGGCUCAGAAAGAGAAGAUGUUGAAAGAUGAAGUGGAGGAGAUGAAGGCUACACUCAGUAAUACAGAGGAGGGUCGGGCUCGUGCCUCUGCUCACAGCAAACACAUGGAGAGAGAGAACCAGAGUCUCAUUGCAAAGAUCGCUUCUCUUCAGGAAGAGAACUUUAAGGUCACCAUGGAGACGGACGAGCUUCAGAAGCGGAUCUCGGAGCUGUGUGACAUUAACGCUGACCUUCAGGUGCAGAUUCAUUCUUUUGAUGGGGUCUUGAGUGAAAAGGAUGUAGAGCUACAAGAGAAAAUGAGGCAGAUAAAUGAGCUGAAGGCUACAGUAGAAGAAUACUCAUCCAUCACAGAGCUGUUAAGAGCAGACAAGAGCAAACUGGAGAACCAAAUGCAGAUGCUGCAUCCAGACCUCAUCGGGGGCCUUUCCUUGUCAGUGGCUUACAGGUUAAACCAGAGCAUCACUGGAUCUUUACAGUCCGAGUUGGCUUUGGCCCAGUUUCCUCUGGAGCCUCUGGUGGGGGUGGACCCUCUGAGCACCACUUCCCUGGAUGAGACCCUGGACAAAGAGGUGCUACUGAUGAUGCAGGGGCCCAGUCCAGAGCACAUGUCCCAAGAGUUCAAGAACAUUGUCAACAAACUGAAACAUAAUUUACUAGAAGAAACAGGCACAGUGAUGUGUACAGUGCAAGGGUUGCUGGACGACCACACAAAAAUGGGAUUCAACACAGACAAGUCACUUCAGGCGUUCCGGGCCGAGCUGGACACCAGGAGGGCGGACUGGGCCCACAGCCUGGACCAGCUGGCCCAGUACACGGACUCAUUGGAGAAGGAGCUCAUCAAAAUGGCCAGUAACAUGAGGAGGUCCCGUACUGAGAUUCUUCACCUCUCUGUCAGGGUGCAGGAGCAGGAGAACCAGAAGAGGCAGCUGUGUGAGGAGCUAGAGCAGCUGCGGACCCCCCAAGACAGCAGAGAAGCUUCAUGCCAGACCCCUGCAGCUGAGGAGGAGCCCGGACAGGACUUGGAUUGGGACGAAGAGUUUGACAUUCAAGAUUACAUGAAGAAUGAGGAGGUAACCAACAACUACUGCAGCGUGGACGUGGGACCUCCAGAGGGUCCCCAAAGUGAGGAGACAGGACACAAGAGGACAGAGAAAAGAGACAAGGAAGGAAACGAGGAAGGAGACAAGAGGGCAGCGAGCCUGGCCGAAGACUCAGACGCUAAGGAGAAAUCCACCCUGUACAUCAACGUGUACAUGGAAACACAGAGCAGACAGGAGGCUCUGGAGACCCAUCAUGGUGCUGAAGCCGGCUCUGAACCCCAAGCAGUCGUGAACCAUAAGUCUGUGCAGGAAGAGGGUGCGUUGUCACAGAGCGCCCACUCACAGGCUGUUGGUGCUGGACACCCCGAGGCAGACCCUGGUCCCACCCACUUGAAUAACUACAGCGCAGAGGAGAGCAAAGCCCCUCAGACUGUCUGUGAUUUACCUCAGAACAACUCUAUUGAAACAGAGCCUAACAAAGUCACAGAAAGAGGGGCUUCAACUGACGACACAGUGGACCAUAAGCUCAGCUCAACUUCAGCUCCAGAAGAGGACCAAAAAGGAGAAGGCUUUGAUCAGAGCUGCAAGGAGGCGUCAGAAAUGAGCCGUAAGAGCCUGGGUCAGGACAAAGCAGACCGAACAGCAGAAGACAGCUCCAGUCUGCUCCCUGUGCUGGUGGAGGAGGAAGAGACUGAAGCUUCCACUGCAACAGCAUCUGUGUCAGCGAGCGAGCAUCACAUGAGCAGCUCUCAUCAGUCCAGAGGCAGCACAGCUGCAAUGGCCAACAGUGUUUCUCCAAAAAAAGAUUUACAACAGCUUCAAGGCAAAAAAGAACUGGAGUUGUCACGAGGGAUCGAGACCGGGGAUCAGCUCGGCACUAAAGGGGACCGGAGUCAGACCACCAGCAACAAUGAUGCAGAGGUAUACCAGCAUUCAGAUGUCAAUGAUUCCUACAAAGAGGACAAAAAUGGCAUGACUCCAACUGACAAGGAAGUUGAGGCUGAGUUCCAGCGGCUGGCAUUGGGCUUCAAGUGUGACAUGUUCACUUUGGAGAAGAGGCUGCGUCUGGAGGAACGUUCACGAGACCUGGCAGAGGAAAACGUGCGGCGAGAAGUGUCCAGCUGCCAGGGCCUGCUGCAGGCCUUGAUUCCUCUGUGUGAAGAUGAUAACCAGUCCAUGGAAAUCAUCUUGAGACUUCAGAAAAACCUGGAGAUCCUCAUCCAGUCCAUGACCCGAGUGUCUAGUCGCUCGGAGAUGCUCGGAGCCAUACAUCAGGAGAACCGUAUUGGUAAAGCAGUGGAGGUGAUGAUUCAGCACGUGGAGAAUCUGCGGCGCAUGUACACGAAGGAACACGCUGAGCUGUUGGAGCUCAGGGAGACUCUGAUGCAGAAUGAGAGGUCCUUUGGAUCACAGACUAAAAAGGAUGAUUUCCAGGGCAAGAAGACACAAGGUCGACGUGUCAGCCUUCCACCUAUCCACCCAAUUAAUAUGAGAAAACCCCAGGACAUGUCAGAGGUGGACCAUGAGCGACUGACCCGGCGAUCUCCGUGGAGUGCAGGGAGGAACAUGGCUCGGCCUCCUCUAAAGCGCUUUGUUAGCUCGGCACCUUGGGUUGACUCUGAGGACCCUUGUGACAUGAUGAAGGGGAGCAGAACGGACAACCACUUAGACGAAGAGCCCAAGGAGGAGGCAGAGACCGAGAGGAGGUCCAGUCUCAGUGAACUGGGAAACAAACUCACCUCUCUCCUUCUGCCCAACAAGACUCCAAGUCCUUCCUCCAGCCCAACUUCCUCUGACCCAGGAGUGACCCAGUCUCUGUCCCGAGGAUUGGGCUCCUCCAGAGCCUCAGCAGCAGCCGUGGCCAGGGGCAGUCGCACUGUGUGGCUCUGGUUGGCAAUGUUCGUGCUGUUGGCAGGUCUUCUGGCUCUGCUGGCAAGCCUGGUGAUGCAGCCUGCAGUAGAUGCGGCUCCGGUGGGGACGGGGGACUCCUGGAUGACCAUCCAGCAGCUGCUCUGGCCCUACACCGGGUUGCGACACAAUGGCCAGCCCCCUGUGUGAGCCCAACCCUGCCCUCCGCUUUUAAUAUGGACUAUAUACAGACUCUAAGCAUAGAGACUUGAACUUUUACUGGUGCCUGAAAACUACAGCUGUCCUCAGGGGUGGUCAGUCCACUGGAGGAUUAUAUGCAUCAUAUUUGCGAAUUUAUUAGUCUGAGUGUGCAUUUGUUUUUAGAAGAAGCUGCGUGAAGUGAACACAAUUUUUAUCUUCUUUUUUAAGGUCACAGUGCAAUCUGUAAAUAGACUGUGAUUGGACCAAUCCAGACAAGACUGAAUGUACACUUUGUUUUCCAGUGACAGGCAUCAUGGACAGUGGCUUAAGUUUGCCAACACAAUUCAUGCACUUGACAAUCAGGAAACAUUUGUAAAGGUGCAGGAAGGAGUUCUUUUAUUUCCUUGUUAAAUGCAGAGCAUAUUUUAUAAUUUAUAGUCUUUAAUCACUGGUAAUAAAACAUUAUUUGAACUGUGUGUUUUAAAUAUACAGUACACAUUUUGAGUGGGGUCUGUAAAUGUUUAUUUUUGUUAAAUUAUUAUGUCCAGGUUCAACACCAAAGUUUUUCCUUUUUUAAUUUUUGCAGGAUUUUUGCUGUGGUUUAUCACCAUUUUAAAUUCAUACUUUUAUAUGUUCUAAAGCAGUGAAUCGAUGAGUGACCUUUGCACAAAUAAAGUAGCCAACUCUACAAACCACAA